UGCACAGGAAGAGAAAAGAAGGUCAAAACAAGAGGAAAAAUUUCCAUGAGAAUGAAGAGAGGAAAAAGGAAAAGUUGAGAGAUGGAGGCCAGAUUUCAGGCUGAGAACCAUUACUAAGUCACCUUUACUCAUUCACACACAAUUUCACAACUACACACUCUGCAUUCAUUGCAUUAUCUCUAUCUCUCACUUUAACAUCAUCACAACCUUCUUUGUCCCAUUCCUUCAUCUUCAUAUUAAUUUUGUUCCCAAAACAACCAUGCCAAUUCCAUUUUCCAAUUUCCACCCUUAUAUUCAAAAUUAACAACAACCAAAGCACACACAUAAUCAACUUUUCACACACGGAUUUUUCUAAUUCUUGGAUCUGACUUCCUCGGUUCAAGAUCCAAUGGCGGUUGCUACCAGAGGAACCAGGGGUGGAUCUACUUUUCGUGGUCUCUUCUCCUUCCGGAUCUUCAUCUCUGCCAUGUUCUCUCUUCUCUUCAUCGCCACCCUUUCGGUCCUAUUCACCAACAACCCCUCCACAUCCCAAGAUGUAUCUGAUCUUCCCACCACUGGUAAUGCAUACGUGCAUCGAACGUUUUUGGCUUUGAAAUCUGACCCUCUUAGGACCCGAGUGGAUUUGAUACACCAGCAAGCUAAAGAUCACAUAGCUCUAGUGAAUGCUUAUGGUGCUUAUGCAAGGAAGCUCAAGCUUGACAUUUCUAAGCAAUUGAAGACUUUUGAUGAGUUGGCGCACAAUUUUUCGGAUAUUGCAAUGAAGCCGGUUUACCAGAAGUCAUUGUUUGAGACAGAUGGUCCGAUUGAUGAGGACGCGCUGAAGCAGUUUGAGAAGGAGGUUAAAGAAAGAGUGAAGAUUGCGCGUAUGAUCAUUGUUGAGGCGAAAGAGAAUUAUGAUAAUCAGUUGAAGAUCCAGAAGUUGAAGGAUACAAUAUUUGCUGUUCAUGAGUCACUUGCGAAGGCAAAGAAGAAUGGGGCAAUGGCGAGCUUGAUUUCAGCCAGAUCGAUUCCCAAGAGCUUGCAUUGUUUGGCGAUGAGACUGAUGGGUGAGAAGAUUUCAAAUCCUGAGAAAUAUAGAGAUGAAGGGCCGAAGCCAGAGUUUGAAGAUCCCACUCUGUAUCAUUAUGUGAUAUUCUCGGACAAUGUAAUAGCUGUGUCUGUGGUGGUGAGAUCUGUUGUGAAGAAUGCAAUGGAACCAUGGAAGCAUGUUUUUCAUGUUGUUGCAAACAGGAUGAAUGUGGGGGCAAUGAAGGUUUGGUUUAAGAUGAGGCCUAUUGAAGGCGGUGCAUUUUUGGAGGUAAAAGCAGUUGAAGAAUUUGCAUUCUUAAACUCAUCAUAUGUCCCUAUCUUGAGGCAACUUGAGUCAGCAAAAAUGAAUCAGCCUGAAAAUGCAACAAAUGAUUCAAACAUGAAAAAUGCCAAGUCCCUGUCCAUGAUGGAUCACCUUCGAUUUUAUUUGCCAGAAAUGUACCCUAAAUUGUAUAAGAUCUUGCUUUUGGAUGAAGAUGUUGUAGUUCAGAAAGACUUGACAGGUUUGUGGAACAUUGACAUGGAGGGAAAGGUGAAUGGUGCUGUUGAGACAUGUUUUGGUUCUUUCCAUCGAUAUGCCCAUUACAUGAAUUUCUCUCAUCCUCUGAUCAAGGAGAAAUUCAAUCCAAAAGCUUGUGCUUGGGCCUAUGGCAUGAAUAUAUUCAAUCUCGAUGCUUGGAGGCGGGAAAAGUGUACAGAUACUUACCAGUAUUGGCAGAACUUGAAUGAAGAUCAAACUUUGUGGAAAGCAGGGAUUUUGCCACCAGGUUUGAUCACCUUCUACUCCACAACCAAGUCAUUGGACAAAUCCUGGCACGUGCUUGGCCUGGGUUACAAUCCCAGCAUUAGCAUGGAUGAGAUCAACAAAGCUGCAGUCAUUCAUUACAAUGGAAACAUGAAACCCUGGCUUGAUAUUGCUUUGAAUCAAUACAAAAAUCUGUGGACCAAAUACGUGGACAAUGAUAUGGAGUUUGUGCAGAUGUGCAAUUUUGGCCUAUAGUUGAGAUCAACUCCCAACUGUCAUCAUGAUAAAAGCUUCAGAUAACAUGUCAAAUGUUGUUUCACCAUAUUCUUUAGAAUCUAUGUCCAUGUUAAAUGUAGCCUGUCAGAGAAGUUGUGUUAUCACCAAGUAAAAUAUACUAGGCAAUAAUUUUGAUAGACUGUAUUUGGAAAUUUACACGAAGUAGCUUUUGCUUUUUCUUCUUCUGUAUUUUGGAGCAUAUUUAUCAUGUAUUGCUCAUGAUGGUAGUGUCACAAUUUAAAUUAACGAGAAGUCACUACUUUUCAUCUUUUAAA